GCAGGAGCGGCGACGUCAGAAGCUCUGCCCAUGCUCCAAGUCGGCCCCUAAAGAUACAGAAGAAGAUAGUGGGAGAACCGGAGCACGGAACUGGAUCAAGGAGAAGAAAGAGACAUCCCAGAGAGACAGAUGAUGAGGGGCAGGGACUAUUAGAGAUUAUGAGAAAGGUGAAAUGUAAACCUUUUCGCCCCUAAGCCACAAGCAAUCAAGAUGGUUUAUGGAGAAUUCUUUCAUAGAACCAAAAGUGACGAUGAAGUGGUAAAGCUGAAUGUUGGGGGCUACAAGCAAUGUGUGGAUCAGAGAACCCUCCAAAAAUUUCCUCACACCAGACUUGGGAAGCUACUCAAUUGCCAUUCCGAAGAAGCCAUACUAGAACUCUGCGAUGACUACAAUGUAGCAGAUAAGGAAUAUUACUUUGACCGCAACCCUUCUCUAUUUAGAUAUAUAUUGAACUUUUACUACACGGGAAAGCUUCAUGUCAUGGAGGAGCUGUGUGUGUUCUCAUUUUGCCAAGAGAUAGAAUACUGGGGCAUCAAUGAGCUCUUCAUCGAUUCUUGUUGUAGUAACAGAUAUCAGGAAAAAAAGGAAAUUAUCUCAGAAAAAGACUGGGAUGAUAAAAGUGACGUCAUAAGUUUGGGCUCAUCUUCUGACCAGUCAUCUGUUUUUGAAAAAGAACUGGAAAUGUUCGAUUCUAUAAAAUUUGGAAAUAUUCGUAGGAAAAUAUGGAUCCGACUAGAAAACCCUGGAUUCUCUGUAACUGCUAAGCUUUUUGCCAUCUCUUCAUUAAGUGUAGUCUUAACCUCUAUUGUAGCUAUGUGCAUCCACAGUAUGCCCGAGUUCCACAGGUUCGAUAACAAUGAUCGCGAAAUAGAAGAUCCGGUCCUCGAAGUGGUGGAGAUCAUUUGUAUAGUGUUUUUCACCGCUGAGCUUGUUGUGCGAAUUGCUGUUGCUCCUUCUCAGAAAAGAUUCUGGAAGAACCCCAUGAACAUUAUAGAUUUUGUCUCCAUUAUACCAUUUUAUGCCACCUUGGUUGUAGACACAAAGGAUGACGAGAAUGAAGGCAUAGAGAACAUGGGAAAAGUUGUUCAAAUACUGCGACUUAUGAGGAUAUUUCGGAUUCUAAAGCUGGCUAGACAUUCUGUUGGGUUAAGAUCUUUAGGAGCUACUUUAAGACAUAGUUACCAUGAGGUUGGGCUUUUACUUUUAUUCUUGGCUGUUGGGAUUUCAAUAUUUUCAGUCCUUGUUUAUUAUCUUGAAAAAGACGAUGAAUUGUCUCCUCUUGAGAACAUUCCUAUCUGCUGGUGGUGGGCUACCAUUAGUAUGACCACUGUGGGAUAUGGUGACACUCACCCGGUAACUUUAUACGGGAAGCUUGUUGGCAGUGUUUGCAUUAUUUGUGGAAUAUUAGUGGUUGCUCUUCCUAUAACGAUUAUUUUUAACAAAUUUUCUAAAUAUUAUCAAAAGCAGAAAGCAAUGGAUGCGGACGGGUGUAAUGAAGAUGAGCCAAAGGAUACAUUUAAUGAUCUCCCUUAUUUUAACAUUAGAGAUAUAUAUGCAAGAAGGAUGAAUUCUUUCAUUUCCAGUCUUUCGUCUGUAGGCAUUAUUGCUAGCAAUGACUCAACAGAUGCUUCCAGUAUCCAAGAAAUGGAGGAUGCAUUCAACACAUCCUUCAAGUGACAAUGAGGAGUCUUAUUUUCUAUGCUUGUCAUGAUUUUUCAAUCCUGUCACCUCUUGCUACCUCCGUCUCCAGGACUUAGAAGCUUUUUAAGUUUCCAAGUGUCAUUUGGUUCUUCGUAGCACUUAAUCCUCAGGGUAUGACUCAUAGCCAUAUUUUAGAACAUAUAAUGCUACUAUAUUGUAUUCAAUACUAUAGCACAUGCUUUAUUUUAUUUUUUUUAGAAGUUUAUAAUUUGCAUCUUUAAUGUUUUAUUUUUAUACAUAAAUUUUUAUGAAAAAAAUUGAAUAAUAUUUUAUGGAAUGCACAUGGGAUACAGCAGAUAUUUAUUUUACCAUUUAAUGAAGGUUUAUAGUCAGUUCGCUAUAGUGGGUCAGCUUUUGGUUUUCAUGGGAUACCUCCAAGCUAAUUCUUUUAAUUCUGAAAUGUAUAUCAUUGUAGGGGUUGUACAGCAAAAAAGGGUACAGCUCUCUGGUCUUUUCGCUGCACAAUCCCUUAAAACAACAACCUACCUGCAAUUACAAGAAUCGUUACAUUUGUCUGGGCUCUCCGGCAACAAGGAAGUAAUACCAUGGAGAACUUUGUAUGAGUAAUUCUGUUUUAUUUACAAUUCUGUUCACGGGGGACUCAACUCAACUUGACACUUUGCUGAGAACUAAAAAUGCAAAGUUUGGUAACCACCAUCACCUCUAGGAAAGGUACAGGUAACAGCUAUUCAAUGGUGUCUGCAGUUCUUAUCAGCAGAUAAAGCUGACAGAUUUCCUUUAAAGGGGUACUCAUCCCCUAGACAUCUUACCCCCUUUCCAAAGGAUAGGGGAUAAGUUGUCUGAUCGCAGGGGCCCCGC